AUGGGCCACUUCGGUCAAAAAGUACUCAACGCCUUGGGCGUCAAUCAUUCCCACGACCAGCAACAAACCCCAGCAUACGGAGGAAAUGGAGGAUACGGAGGAUACCCUGGUCCCCAACACCCAGGUCGUGGUCUAGUGAACAAUGAUGAACGUGCACUCUCCUCCCACCCUAACCGAGGAACCUACCCACGUCUCGCCCGACUCUCCGAUGGCUCCAUUCUCUCCUCCUUCACACGAUUCCCAGACGGACAACGCGCUCUUUGCGUGGCGCGCAGCACCGACAAUGGACACACCUUCGAAAACAUCUCCGAAGUUACUCGCGCCGCAGGCGACGUCGAUAACAUGUUCCUCUGUGAGGUGGGCCCGGGGGUUGUCCUCGCAGCCUUCCGCAACCACGAUAAAGGAGACAACGGCCCGACGCACUUCCGGAUCACCGUUUGUAGGUCCAAUGACGGCGGCAAUACCUGGCACUUUGCAUCGCAAGCCGCGGAGAAAAGACCCCCAUUUGGAAUUUGGGAACCUUUUAUGCGAUUGGGUCGGAGAGGCGAGGUCCAAUUGACUUACUCCGAAGAAUUCGCCCAUAAUAACCAAUGUACCAUGCUCACUGUCUCGCAUGAUCAGGGGAGCACCUGGAGUCGCCCAACCUGCCUGCAUGGAGACAGUGAUCCCCGUCGUGAUGGUAUGAAUGGUAUUGCGCGCACAUUUGAUAAUGGUCGGGAGGCUCUCGUGAUGGUCUUUGAGACGACGACGUACGGUCCGUUUAAUGUCGAAGCGCUUAUCUCCUACGAUGACGGCGCCUCCUGGCAUAAUCGGCACCAGGUCUUCCGACCCCGACAGGGACACAAUGCGGGUUCCCCGCAGGUUGCCUCGUUCGCGGAUGGCUCCCUGGUCUGUGUCUUCAUGACGGAUGAUGAUUCGGAUCAAGUGGACUGGGUCAAACAUGCUUCCAUCAAGGUUUGCUUCGCAGGCCCUCCUCAGAAUGGACAGCUUAGGUGGGGACCUCCGAUUAUGGUUUCGCCAGCAUCUAGCUUCUGGCCUGGAGUGAUGGCGCUGGAUCAUCAAACGGCCUUGGUCACGUAUGAUCGUGGAGGACCUUUGGCCAAGUCGGUUACCUGGCAGACAUGGUAG